GACGAAAGGAAGUCAACGAUAGAUGUCAGUGCCAAAUGAGGGAGUAUAUUUGUCUAAAUAGACUCCUUAGUCAAAUGCCAUGACCUCUCCUGGUUAGUGACGGAUUCGGUUCGCAGGUUUAACUGUCCAUUGGAUUGGAAACGGAAACAGAGACAAGAUGGAUCGGAAACGGAAAGCUGAUGAUCCGUGUGAUGUCACAGUGCCAAAAAAGGCAAACUCAGGCGAUGUCACUGAAGAAUGUUUGUCAUCAGUUGAUGAAGUGUUACCAACACCACAGGGAUCCAGCCAAUCCACCUCACACGAUGCUAUGAACUUGCCAACGAUUUCUCUGAAUUUCAAAGGUAUGGAAGGAGGAACAGCCACCAACUGUAACAUUGCAAGUUUCAUGAAGGUGAAUUAUGCAGCAGCUGAAUGUUCACUUCUUCAACAUCUUAUUGUGGAGACCAGCCUGAAGAUCAGAUCAAGAGAUUCCACAAAACAUGUUCCAACCUACACGGAGAGGGCUGCCUACAGACAUCUGAAGGCGUGUGGCAGUGUCAUCAUCAGGGGGAGGUCAGGGUCAGGGAAGUCACAUCUGGGGUAUACCUUGUUAGAAAGGAUUGCAAAAUCAUGUUCAAGGAUACCGGUGAAGGUAUCGUUACCAAAUGAGUGGAAUUACAUACACAAAUCAAGUACUUCUGAUGCUAAAAAGUUUGUUGUUCUGGUUGAUGACAUUUUUGGGAGAACUAAUUUGAUCCAAUCAAGUCUUGAAGAGUGGAGGAAAAAGUUUGAUGUUGUGUGGCCACUUGUGGAGUCUGGACAGAUAUGGUUAGUGAUUACGUCACGGCCAGAAAUCAUUACUCAAGGUGAACCAGAAAUAUUUGGAUAUGAAGUAAUAAAUAGGUCAAAAGAGAUCAUUCUUGAUGAAGGAGUGUAUCGUCUCCGGGAGGUAGAAAAACUUAAGUUCCUUGACAAGUUGUGUGGAACAUAUGUUAGAAAGGAAGACAUGAAAGAAAUAGCCAAUAUGGACACUGCUUUAGGAUUCCCACAAUGCUGUACAUUUUUUGCAACAAAUGAGGAGGCAAGAUCUAAAGGAGUGGAAUUUUUCAAGAAACCUUUUGAAUUUAUCAAAUAUCUGAUUGACUGUGUUAAGGAUAAUGAGGACUGGCCUGAAGUAUAUUUUGUAUUGCUGUUGGUUUUCAUGAAUGAAGGACUUCUUUCUAUGAAAGAGCUCAUGUCAUCUGAGCAUGAGGGCAAAUUCGAAAGGCAGUUUAAAAUUAUAACGUCCUUUUGUAGAUUGAAGAAAACUUGUCCUUCGAAGGCUGACAUUAAAUGUGUGGCAAAAUCUCUUUGUGGGGUGUAUCUUUUAGAAUCUGCCAGAUGUUUCCAAUUCUCACACCGAUCAAUAUAUGAUGUCUUGUUUGUAGCCCUGUGUGAAGAUAGUCCUGAUGUAGCAAUCAGAAUGAGCACACCAGUCAUGCUGCUUGAAUUUGUCCGAACAAGUGCACAGAAACAGGAGAAAUGCAAGAAAGGAAAUAUUGUUUUUCUGGAGGAACAAGAUUAUCCAAUUUUGGCUGAUAAACUAAGGAAAUAUCUGUCAAAUGAGAAGGAUCGUUACAUUGUACUGUUUCACCCAGCUUUACAAGACACAGAGUUUUUACAUGUGAUAUUUCGGGAAUGGAACGCAGAUGACAUAUACCAACUGUCCAGGCACAAGGGAGAGAAAGUCGUCAAAAACAUUGCUAUACCUCUGAAUGAAAAACUUUGUAUGCCCAAAAUUGUAAAUAUUCUUGAGUAUGGCUUGUUUCUUUCCCAUGUUAUCAUGAAUCACAGGAAGGAUUUUGCUUUAAUGAUGAUCCAGUCACUCUGUGGACAUGAAUCAUAUGCAAGCCAGCCUAUUUUCAAAGAAGCCUUGCUUUGUGCAGUGUUUACUUGUCAGAAUGACUUGGUGAAUACCCUCCUUUCAAAUGGAGCUAAACCAAACAAGUUGUGUUUUCGAGCACUUUGUAACUCACCAAGAAUAGAUCCAAAUACCUCAUCCACUAUUACUCAUCAGAUAGAAUGCAAUGCAACUGACCUGAAACUGCUGUUAGUUCUUGCAAUUAGUUGCUGUAAUAAAACAGUGAUCCAGGUUUUAGUUAAAAGACUCACUGCUCAAAGUGAAGACCACAAACAGUUUUACAGCCAUUGCUUAGAGAUGUUGCUAAAAAUCAAUGGUAAUGGAUACAUUACUGCAAUGAUGACAAAUGCUGGAAGUGAUAUACUUGAAGUGAUGAUGCUUCUUGAAGAAGGAGGUGGAAAGCUGGAUUCCAAACAAAUUAGCCUUGCAUCUAGUCAGAAAGACUCGUCUGUGUUAGGGAAACUGUUGCUCAGAUCAUGUGAUGAUAUACAUGUGACUGAUGAAUUUGGUCGGACACCGUUACAUUUGGCUUGCAUGUAUGGUGGUGCUGAUGGUGUUAAAUUACUGUUGAAACAUGGGGCUGAGUUGACUUUGGACCAAGAAGGGGCAACUCCAUUUCAUUCUGCAUUGAAAUCAUCUAUUGACCAGAAGGAAAAGCUGAAGCUAUUGCUAGAUAAGAAUUCAACUAAUGAUGACAAUUUUAUCAACUUGACUGAUAACAUGAAGUGCACAGCUCUCCAUUAUGCUGCUCAACUUUCAGAUUCAGGUUGUGUGAAAAUGUUGGUAGAGGCCCAUGCUGACAUCAAUGUUCUGGAUGUCAGCAAACAGUCUUCUCUGUUUUAUGCUUCAAAAGCAGGUAUUCCAGACUCAGUAGACAUUCUUUGUAAGAGCAAUGCCAUAAUAAGCAAAGACAUACAUGGUUUAGAACCAGUACAUUAUGCUGCUUAUGGCUGUGACCUUGAUGUUUUGGAAAUAUUCAUUCAAAAUGAUUGUAACACAUCAGUUUUGGACCACAAAGGGAGGACACUAUUACACUAUACAGUAACAAAUCUCCUCCAAGGGCAAACUGGUAUUGAGAGCAGAUUGGUGAAAAGGCGAUCUGUGAAUAGCAACAACAUGUUUCAGUGCAUACGCGAACUUAUUGCGACUGGUCUGAAUGUUAACAUUGUUGACAAAAAUGGUAGAUCCUGUGUCCUCGAUUCUACAGUAUGGCAGGGACUUGAUGUUGUCAGAUUGUUAUGUGAAAAUGGAGCAGAUAUCAACUGGAAAGACAAAUCUGACAGGUCGAUCAUUACAGAGUCUGCCGUGUCAAAAUUUGACAGUGCUGAAAAGAUUCAGUAUCUCAUGGGUAGCAAUUGUUUUAGAAAUAUUGAUGAUGAGAAACAGAAUGCUCUAUACAGUGCUGUUUUGAAGGAAGAUGAGGAAGCAUUUGAAGUUUUAGUUGACAAUGGCAUCACUAUUGAUCAAAGAAGACAUGAUGGGGCCACUUUACUACAUGAUGCAGCAAGGCAGGGACAUCAGCACUUGGUUUCUCGACUCAUGAAAAGGGGAGCGAGUGUUAUAAGCCAAGAUGACAAUGGGGACACACCACUGCAUUUGUAUUUAAUGAAUGAUUUCCAUGAUGAUCAGCUGGUAGAAGACAUGAUUAAUUCUGACAAAAGCAUUGUGAGAAUAUCAAAUAAAAAGAAUCAGAGUUUAUUGCAUUUAGCGAUAGCACUUAACUGUAUUAAGUGUAUAUCUGGAAAGAAAGGACCAGAAGCAAAGGCUGCUUUGAAGCAUGGUUCUGAACAAGCCUCUCUUCAUCUUGCUCAGGGAACAUCACACAGAUGUUCAACUACACAAAGGUUAAUCCGUCAUGGAGUCAGUGUAAAUAUGCAAGAUUACAAUGGUAACACAGCAUUGUCGCUUGCAGUGAUGCAUGGAUGUAAGACUUGUGUCAACAUGCUGUGUGAUAAUAAUGCGGAUCCUAAAGUUGUAAAUAAGGAUGGCUACUCAGCUUUACACAUUUCACUGAACUAUCCAGGUGUUGCGCAUAACCACCAAGUGGCUAAAAUCAUGUGUGCACAAACAGAUAUUCAAGAUAAAACUGAGAGGAAUGAAACAUCCCUACACCUGGCAGUCUCUCAGCAGUGCUUUAAUUGUGUGACAUUCCUUCUUGAAAAUGGUUUAAUGAGUCAUAUGAACCAUCAAGACAGAGUGGGUGAUACAGCUCUACAUGUUGCUCUCCGAGAUGAUACACUACACUCCUAUACUCCUUUGGUGGAAGGUACUAGUUAUGGACAACAUGGAGACCACGGUCAUGUAGUAUUACAGGCACUGAUUGAGAAGGGAGCAGACGCAUGUAUAAAAAACAAACAAGAUAAAACACCUCUCCACUGUGCAGCAAGGCAACAUUGUAUAGUGUGUGUUAAGCUGUUGUUUCCAAUGUCAGAUGUGAAUGCCCAAUGUAGUAAUGGUAAUACAGCUUUACACUGGAGCUUGUUGUCUCAUAUAGACCACAGUCAUGAAGUAAUACAAACACUGGUUGAGAAGGGAGCUGAUAUAAGGCUAAAGAACAAGGAGGGUGAAACACCUCUCCACUGUGCAGCAUGGCAACAGUGUAUAGAGUGUGUUAAGCUGUUUCUUCCAGUGUCAGAUGUAAAUGCCCAGGAUAGUGAUGGUAAUACAGCUUUACACUGUAGCUUGUUGUCUGAUAAACCCCACACUCAUGAAAUAAUACAAACACUGGUUGAGAAGGGAGCUGAUGUAGGAAUCAAGAACAAGAAGGAUCAAACACCUCUCCACUGUGCAGCAUUGAAACAGUGUAUAGAGUGUGUUAAGCUGUUUCUUCCAGUGUCGGAUGUAAAUGCCCAGGAUAGUGAUGGUGAUACAGCUUUACACAUUCUUGUCUUGUCUGAUGAAGACCACACUCAUGAAUUAAUACAAACACUGGUUGAGAAGGGAGCUGAUGUAGGAAUCAAGAACAAGAAGGAUCAAACACCUCUCCACUGUGCAGCAUUGAAACAGUGUAUAGAGUGUGUUAAGCUGUUUCUUCCAGUGUCGGAUGUAAAUGCCCAGGAUAGUGAUGGUAAUACAGCUUUACACUGUAGUUUGUUGUCUGAUAAGCCCCACUCUCACGAAAUAGUACAAGCACUGAUUGAGAAGGGAGCUGAUGUAACACUCAGGAACAAGAUGGAUCAAAAACCUCUCCACUGCACAGCAGUGAAACAGUGUCUAGAGUGUGUUGAACUGUUUCUUCCAGUGUUUGAUGUAAAUGCCCAGGAUAGUGAUGGUAAUACAGCUUUACUCUUUUGUUUGUUGUCUGAUGAAGACCACUGUCAUGAAGUAGUACAAGCACUGAUUGAGGAGGGAGCUGAUGUAGGAAUCAAGAACAAGAAGCAUCAAACACUUCUCCACUGUGCAGCACGGAAACAGUGUCUGGAGUGUGUUGAACGCUUUCUUCCCGUGUUUGAUGCAAAUGCCCAGGAUAGUGAUGGUAAUACAGCUUUACACUGUAGUUUGUUGUCUGAUAAAGACCACUGUCAUGAAGUAGUACAAGCACUGGUUGAGGAGGGAGCUGUUGUUAGAAUCAAGAACAAGAAGCAUCAAACACUUCUCCACUGUGCAGCAAGGAAACAGUGUUUAGAGUGUGUUGAACUGUUUCUUCCAGUGUUUGAUGUAAAUGCCAAGGAUAGUGAUGGUAAUACAGCUUUACACUGUAGUUUGUUGUCAGAUAAGCCCCACUCUCACGAAAUAGUACAAGCACUGGUUGAGAAGGGAGCUGAUGUAACACUCAGGAACAAGAUGGAUCAAAAACCUCUCUACGGUGCAGCAAGGCAACAGUGUCUAGAGUGUGUUGAACGUUUUCUUCCAGUGUUCGAUGUAAAAGCUCAGGAUAGUGAAGAUAAUACAGCUUUACUCUAUUGUUUGUUUUCUGAUGAAGACCACUGUCAUGGAGUAUUACAAGCACUGGUGGAGAAGGGAGCUGAUGUAAGAAUGAAGAACAUGAAGCAUCAAACACUUCUCCACUGUGCAGCAAGGAAUCAGUGUCUAGAGUGUGUUGAACGGUUUCUUCCAGUGUCAGAUGUAAAAGCCCAGGAUAGUGAUGGUAACACAGCUUUACACUGUAGUUUGUUGUCUGAUAAACCCCACUCUCAUGAAGUAAUACAAGCACUGGUUGAGGAGGGAGCUGAUGUAGGAAUCAAGAACAAGAAGCAUCAAACACUUCUCCACUGUGCAGCAAGGAAACAGUGUCUAGAGUGUGUUGAACGUUUUCUUCCAGUGUUUGAUGUAAAUGCCCAGGAUAGUGGUGGUAAUACAGCUUUACACUGGAGUUUGUUGUCUGAUGAAGACCACUGUCAUGAAGUAAUACAAGCACUGAUUGAGAAGGGAGCUGAUGUAACACUCAGGAACAAGAUGGAUCAAACACUUCUUCACUGGGCAGCAUGGCAACAGUGUCAAGAGUGUGUUGAACGUUUUCUUCCCGUGUCAGAUGUAAACGCCCAGGAUAGUGAUGAUGAUACAGCUUUACUCUUUUGUUUGUUGUCUGAUGAAGACCACUGUCAUGAAGUAGUACAAGCACUGGUUGACAUGGUUGAGGAGGGAGCUGAUGUAGGAAUCAAGAACAAGAAGCAUCAAACACCUCUCCACUGUGCAGCAAGGAAACAGUGUAUAGAGUGUGUUGAACAUUUUCUUUCAGUGUCAGAUGUAAAUGCCCAGGAUAGUGAUGGUAAUACAGCUUUACACUGUAGUUUGUUGUCUGAUGAAGACCACUGUCAUGAAGUAGUACAAGCACUGAUUGAGGAGGGAGCUGGUGUUAGAAUCAAGAACAAGAAGCAUCAAACACUUCUCCACUGUGCAGCAAGGAAUCAGUGUAUAGAGUGUGUUGAACGUUUUCUUCCAGUGUCAGAUGUAAAUGCCCAGGAGUGUGAUGGUAAUACAGCUUUACACUGUAGUUUGUUGUCUGAUGAAGACCACUGUCAUGAAGUAGUACAAGCACUGAUUGAGGAGGGAGCUGUUGUUAGAAUCAAGAACAAGAAGCAUCAAACACUUCUCCACUGUGCAGCAAGGAAACAGUGUAUAGAGUGUGUUGAACUGUUUCUUUCAGUGUUUGAUGUAAAUGCCCAGGAUAGUGAUGGUGAUACAGCUUAACACUGUAGUUUGUUGUCUGAUGAAGACCACUGUCAUGAAGUAGUACAAGCACUGGUUGAGAAGGGAGCUGAUGUAGGAAUCAAGAUCAAACACUUCUCCACUGUGCAGCAAGGAAACAUUGUAUGGAGUGUAAUAAUAUGAUUACAUUAUUUCACUUUCUGCUAGAUGUACAUACAAGAUAGACUUUGAUGUAGCAGAGAAGCAAAGUUGGCCUUGAGAAACUUGAGUCAAACUUUCUUGUCCUGAAAUCAACCGACUUGCCUCCAUUUAAGACCCCUUGUGCCUGCAGUCCCAUAAUCAAGGCUAAUACUACCUGAAAACUUAGUGGGAAUGAUGCUUUAAAUACUGAUGUUGAAUGGACAUUUGUUUUUACCCAUUACAAAUACGUGUAUGUUGCACAAACAAUGUAUAGUGAGUCCAUCUUUCAUGCAAGGUAUAAACAUGCUGUGUUUACUGUUUCAUCUUGACAUUGGAACAAAAUGUUUCAUUGAUGGGUAUGACCGACGAUGAAAAUCCAAAUCUGUGAUACAAGUAAAAGUCCAGGAUAUCCUGUCAUAAUAAAGGGACUCAAAAUUGCAUCUUGACCACCAUGUAGCCUGUCUGGACCACCACACCCGCUGUAUGGACCAUCAUACCCCCUGUCUUUUUGCCACUCAUAUCCCCCUGUCUAGACCACCCAUAUCCCCCUGUCUGGAUCACCAUAUCCCCCUGUCUGGAAACCACCCAUAUCCCAGUCUUGACCACCCAUAUCCCCCUUUCUGGACCACCUACAUUCCAAGCCUGGACCACCCAUAUCCCCCUGUCUAGACCACCCAUAUCCUCCUGUCUGGAUCACCAUAUCCCCCUGUCUGGAAACCACCCAUAUCCCAGUCUUGACCACCUACAUUCCUAGCCUGGACCACCCAUAUCGGCCUACCUUUGGAAUACAGUACCACAAACUUUUCAAACACAUGAUCAUACCCUAUGACGUAAUUUGUAGUAUUUUGUUGCCAGUCACACCAGCGAAACAAUGCCCUGUGACGUCAGGGGUCAUCGGGUGUGCAUAAGCUCCCCCCAGUGAUCUAUCAUCUCCACAUGAAAUGCCAUUGAAUACGCCAAGCAGUGUGGAGAGUUUUGAAUAUUUGUUUACUAAAUAUAGCCUGCGGCGGCGCAUUUUAUAGCAAGCGCUAGUUUACGAAAGCACUUUCAUUUUUUAUUUAUUUUUUAUUUCGUUUUUCUCGUAAUUCAA